AUGCAGCCAAAUAACAGUGUCACUGAGUUCAUCUUGUUAGGACUGACACAGGAUCCUAUAAGACAGAAAGUGGUAUUUGCAAUCUUCUUUAUUUUCUAUGUGGGAACUGUUGUGGGAAAUUUGCUGAUUAUUAUGACCAUCAAGUUCAGCCGGACACUCGGGAGUCCCAUGUACUUCUUCUUAUUCUACUUGUCCUUUGAUGAUUUCUGCUUUUCAACAUCCAUAGCUCCGAAACUAAUUGUGGAUGCACUUUCUUCAAAAAAAAUCAUAUCUUACAAUGGGUGCCUGACUCAAGUUUUUGCACUACAUUUAUUUGGUGCCAUGGAGAUCUUUGUACUUGUCCUCAUGGCAGUUGAUCGCUAUGUGGCCAUCUGUAAGCCCUUGCAUUACCCAACAAUCAUGAGGCGACAGGUCUGCAUCAUCCUGAUUAUUUUUGCCUGGAUAGGGUCUUUCACACAUUCUAUAACUCAGAUCAUUAUGGCCUUGAGAUUGCCUUUCUGUGGACCCAAUUUGAUCGAUCAUUAUUGCUGUGAUCUUCAGCCCUUACUGAAACUCGCAUGCAUGGACACUUAUGUGUUCAAUCUGCUCCUGGUCUCCAACAGUGGAGCCCUUUGCUCCAUCGGUUUCAUGUUUCUGAUGAUCUCAUAUAUUGUUAUCUUGCAUUCACUGAGGAAUCACAGUGCAGAAGGCAGGAAAAAAGCUCUCUCCACCUGCACAUCCCAUGUUAUUGUAGUUAUCUUGUCCUUUGGACCUUGUAUAUUCAUAUAUGCACGCCCUCCAAUCAUUUUCUCCACUGACAAGAUGGUAGAAAUAUUUUAUACCAUUGGAACACCCUUUCUCAACCCACUCAUCUAUACGCUGAGGAAUGCAGAAGUGAAAAAUGCCAUGGGAAAGUUAUGGCGUAUCAGAAUUAUCUCAGACAGUCCAAGAUGA